AUGUCCACCAUCCCCUCCCUCCCCGUCCCCGGUGAACAACAAUUCCCCCGCCGCCUCCUCCACUACAUCGCAGCCCACCCAGCCCUCCGCUCAUGGGCCCUCUCCCCGCCACUCCUCUCCAUCCUCUUGCUCGUCCUUAUAGUCCGCCAGGGCGGGCUCGUCGUCGAUGUGGAAGAUGACGGCAGGGACAAGCUGGUCAGUAUUGUCUAUGCUAUGAUGGAAUCCAUCUUUAGCAUGACUGUGCGCACAUUGUCUCUGAGCGCGGUGACUCGGACAGACGAACUGCCAUGGUCCUUGUUCAGAAACCACACGCCUCGCCAUGUACCCUCGCAAGAAUCUCAAUUGUCAGACGUACGGCCGAGAAUUGGCAGUCGCAAAAGCACCAAUCUUGAAGUGAACGGCCACCUACACCACAACCUCGACAAAGACCACCUGGAUCUACCAGAAGUCCUCAUCGUGACGGGCCUUGAGAAUGCAAGCGGGCCGGUACAGAUGAAAAUGUGCGACUAUCUGACAAAGAAGCGCGUCGAAGCCCGUGUAGAGAAUGAGGAUAGGGUAUGGGAGUUUGAGCCUGUUGUGGUCUGGGUGAGGAGGGAGGGGGCAGAAGUGCCCUGGUGGGUGACGGAUCAUUUCAUGUGCGGGACGACUGUCGACCCUUUUGCCAUGGACAAGCCGCCUCGCGGUCUCCGUCCAGGAGCCAUCAUUCCCCAGCCCUAUCUAAAGACACUAUCUCUUCUACUCCCCUACACCCACAUACACGCAUCCAUCUCGAUGCACAUCUCCAACCUCCUCUCCGCCAUCACCACCCACCCCAGCCUGCACUCUGCCAUCACAUCCCGCGCCGUGCGCGCUUUUCCCAUCUACGUUCGCGCCCACCGCCUGCUCGUUGGCGAUUUCACCCUCCCCCAUCUGUUUGAAGUCAAACUGCACCAACAAGACUCUGAAGGAGUAGGAUCACAAAACAAGAAGGGUUUGGGCGGGGGCACAGGCGGGGUGGAUAGUUGGAACAUCAUUGCAGGGGAAGAGCCUGAUGUGAAUGGUCUGAGGCAAGAGGGGAAUGAAGAGGAUUUCGAUGGGUGGCAUGUGAUGCCUGCAAAUGUGCAAGGGGUGUGGAAUGUGUUGAUGGCGCAUAGAGUGAAAAAGAGGAGAGAGCGGGAGGAGGUGAUGUGGUUGGUCAAAGGCCCGGCGCAUGGGGGACGGAGAUCAGCUCCUGGUGGGAGCAUAGAUGAUAUACUGAAUGAGAUCAUUAGGACGAUAUAG